GGCGGUGCUUGACUGCCUGCCUUAAGGCAGCUGUCCCUGCCAGCCACGCCAGAGCCGGUGAAGGCGCAACGAGCUGUGACUUUGCAUCAGCAGUAGCGCCGGCGAUCUUCCCCUAGCCGCUGCCUGCCUGCCGUCUGUGAAUCCCGAGGGAGUUGUUUGCCGCUGUGCCCCUUGAGAGCCCGAUGGAAAAGGCAGAGGAGAGGCGCCCUGGCUUCUUGCCGCCCUUCAAGCACUUCGCGACGCAGGCCAUCCACGUGGGGCAGGAACCCGAACAAUGGAAGUCCAUGGCCGUGGUGCCCCCCAUUUCCCUCUCAACCACGUUCAAGCAGCAGGCGCCGGGAGAGCACUGUCUUGUCUGGAUCGAAACUCCCACAAAUCCAGUGAUGAAAGUGAUUGAUAUUCAAGGGUGUGCAGAUAUUGUCCAUAAGCAUAAAGGCAUUCUCUUAGCAGUUGACAAUACUUUUAUGUCCGCAUAUUUCCAGCGUCCUUUGUCUCUGGGGGCAGACAUCUGUAUGUACUCAGCAACUAAGUACAUGAACGGUCACAGUGAUGUUGUAAUGGGACUGGUAUCAGUAAAUGACAAUGAUCUCUAUGAGAGGCUCAAAUUUUUACAAUACUCCCUUGGAGCAGUUCCAUCCCCUUUUGAUGCCUAUCUUUGCAAUCGGGGCUUAAAGACACUGUCAAUCCGCAUGAAACAACAUUUCCGCAAUGCACAGGUGAUUGCUCGAUACCUUGAGUCAGAUCCCAGGGUGGAAAGGGUCCUUUUCCCUGGAUUGGCCUCACACCCACAAUAUGAGCUGGUGAAGCGUCAGUGCACAGGCUGCCCAGGAAUGAUUUCCUUCUACAUAAAAGGGAACCUUGAACAUGCCACCACCUUUCUCAAAAACUUAAAGCUUUUUGCACUGGCUGUAAGUCUGGGAGAUUGCGAAAGUCUGGCAGAGCAUCCUGCCAUCAUGACUCAUGCGUCCAUUCCAAAGGCAGAAAGAGAAGCCCUUGGAAUCUCUGAUACGUUAAUCCGCAUGUCUAUUGGCUUGGAAGACUCGGAAGAUUUACUGGAAGAUCUAGACCAAGCUCUGAAAGCAGCAUUUCCCGAUAAUAAAGUCCGCAAUUAGGAGACUCCAUUCCUGUGCAUCUGUAGUAUAAGGAAAAUGAACCGAUAAUCUGUGCUACUCACGAAUUUUCCGUGAUUCAAUUUCUUCGAAAUGACCAUUUAUCUUUAAUGUUUUGAAAGCAAGCCAACUUUAAGCGGGACCCUUUGGACAUCAUCCCAUUGACUAAGCCUAUGCCUUCUAUCAGCGUCUUGUUCUUGGAGCUGAAACAAAAAAGGUCACCAUUCUUUCCAGAAGUAAAUCUGAGGUGACUGUGAUUCACACUUGGAACAGGGCAUCUAGUAAUGUCUGAAGAUAUUUAAAAUAGUUCAUCAUAUCUGACUGUGCUAAAAGGAUAUCACUAUGAUAUCCUUUUGUUCAUUCUGCUCCUCCUUGUCAGGUUGUUGAAUUUUAAAAAAAAAUGUUCAGAGCUGCUUCAGAUGCAAAAGGUGAUGUCAAAUAAGUUCCUUCGUUGGUGUUAUUUCUCUCUUUUGUGCAAUCUUGAAAAAUGAAGCAAAAUCAGUUGCAUGGUACUGUAUGCGUUGGCCUGGGAUCAAACUUAUAUAUAAGCAGAAGGAGCUCACAUAUUUUCAUUUUUCCUGUCUUCUCACAGCAGCCUGAAAAUGCUCUGAGUAAGUUGGAAUCAGGUGAAAUCUCUUUCCCUGCUUCCUCCUCCUCUUUCAGGAACUCAGCAAAGUGUACUUUGUGGAAGCUGCUUGGGGAGGGGAAGCAGGAAACAUUAACAAGCAAUCACCUUCCACUGACACAUUUGGAUCCAACUCACUGUGUUUAAAAAUUAAAUCCUGAAUAUACUUUGGGUUUUUAUUUUGAAAUUGCCAGUAUAUAUAUUUAGCUAUGCAAGUUGUAUCUUUUGGUUACAAUACUUGUUUAUAUAUUGGGCAUUUUUUAUAAAUCUUUUUCCAGAAUUUGAGAUGAAUGAACUACAGCCAUAAUAAAUAAUAGAUUUCCUGUUGAUUUCCACUGCUCAUAAAUUAAAGCAAGGGUCCAUUUUACAUGACCAGA